AUGUCCACGACCGUUGCCAAGGAAUUUUCCGAGGUACCAAAGCUUGCGUCCGACGGCUCGAACUACCGCAUAUGGCUCGGCCGCGUCGAACGUGCUGCAGGUGCUUGCGAAGCAGAAGAUCUGCUCCAGCAUGCAGCGGACACUUCCUCGGCUGCAAAUUUGAAGCUGAACAAGCAGAUGCUCAACGCGAUCACGGCGAAAUUCCCAGACUCACUUUUCAAGAAGUACCUCACCAUCACCGAGGUCUAUCUUGUGAUGUCCGGCUUGAAAACGGAGUUUGGCAUGUCCACCGCUGCUUCCGAGGCAUGGACGGAGGCGAAGCUCUUCUCGCUUCGCUGCACGGAUGAGCGCAAGGUCCGCCAUCAUCUAGAUCAGCUUUCAGAGCUGAAGGACAAGCUUUCCGAGAUGAACGUACGGAUUGAGGACAGGACUUACAUCAAUGCUAUCACCACCUCGAUCCCUCGAUCCUUUGCUCCUGUUGUCACGGCCAUUGCCACAGCCACCGACAUCUACAACUCGACCUUGGCCACCGGUGCCACGCUUCGCGUUGUGACCUCUGUGGAAAUCAUCAAGGCACUUCGAGCAGAAGCGGACUCGCGUGCCGUACUCAAAUCCACUGACAAAAGCACCACGGCUGGUGCUGCUGUUGUCAACGGACGUGGUGGAAUGCGAGGACGUGGACGCAGUGGCUAUCGAGGACGUGGUGGAAACUCAAGCAAGAGUGGCACUCACCGUUCAGAGGAGGACUUGACAUGCUUCAAGUGUGGUGGCAAAGGGCAUCGCGCCCCGGAAUGCGCGUCGAAAAAGCAGUUCUAUCAGCGGCCCAAGAAGUCAGAGGCCGCAUCUACUAGCUCAGGCAUGAGCGAGGGCAAGGUGAAGGCAGACGCAAAGCCCAAGGACAGUGUGACGAAGGAAUCGUCUGCAUCUGUGGCCACUGUGACCCCUGCAUCGUCAGCGCACAUUGAAGAGGCCUGGAGUGCCUGCGCGACAUUUACUCCUCUCUGUGAAGAGGAGAUUGUUAUAGAUUGCUCAGAUUUAGCUGCCCAGGAGGAGAUCCGAAUUUCAGAUGCACAGCAUGCUUUUGUCGGCUUCGUUGAAUCCGGACGCCACGUUGACAUUUUUGACUCGGGUGCCUCGCGGCAUAUGACGCCGCAUCUUGACCGCCUCUCAAAUUUUCGUGCAACUGCGCCGCACCCCAUUCGUGCCGCAAACUCGGAGGUCUUCUAUUCGCAUGGCGAAGGAGACAUGUUGAUGCACUUGCCCUUCGAGAAUGGGGGCAAGCACAUUCGGCUUAAACAGGUCCUGCACGCACCCGCCAUGCAUGCAACCUUAAUUUCUAUAGGUCUUAUUGAGGCCGCAGGAUUCAAGUGGCUCAGCAAGGACGGUGAACUCACGCUUUUCAAUCGGCAUGAUGAUGUAAUCGCCUAUAUUCCGCGUGAGGAAAACUUAUACAGGAUUUUCUAUGACACAUCCCAGACUUCGGUCACUACUGCACACGUCACACUCUCACUUUUCGAAAUCCACAAGCGGCUUGGUCACGUCAACUAUGGUUACAUCAAGGCUAUGCUGCACCAGAACUGCCUUACCGGUAUCGCGCUCGACCCACACAACAGCGAAAAGGUCGAGUGCAAGACCUGUCUUGUCGCGAAGGCUCGUCGCGCACCCAUAUCCUCCGCACGCCAGUCCCCACUUGCCGAGAAAUUUGGCGAACACGUCCACAUGGAUAUCUGGGGGCCCGCGACUAUCUUCACCAUUGACCGCUGCAAGUACGUCUUGAUGAUCGUCGACGAUGCAACACGAUGGCUCGAGAUGCCGCUCAUGCGCGUCAAGUCUGAGGCAUUUGGAAAAUACGUUGUCUUCGAGGCACGUCUCCAGACGCAGGACGGAGUGCAUGUGAAGGUUGUACAGUCGGAUCGUGGCGGCGAGUUUCUAUCUGCAGAUAUGGAUGCUCAUCUAGAACGUGCUGGAACGAUUCGCAAACUGACAGUGCACGACACACCUGAGCACAAUGGUGUCGCUGAACGCACACACCUUACAGUAUUUAACAGUGUGCGCGCUGCGCUCGCUGGGUCUGGUCUCCCGAAAUGGCUCUGGGGUGAAGCCCUGGCCUACGUCGUCUAUGUUUACAACCGGACAGCUCGCCAUGCACUCCAAGGUCGGUCGCCAUUUGAGGCACGCUAUGGGCAUGCACCGGAUGUCUCAAACUUACACGAGUGGGGGAGUAUUGUUUUCGUUACUGUUGCGACAGACUCGAAGUUUGACGCCCAAGGGCGUGAGGCACGCUGGGUAGGCCUGGACUGGACAUCAAAUGGCCACCGCAUUUAUUGGCCAAAAGAGCGGAAGAUUUCUGUGGAGCGAAACAUUGUUUUUAGCUCAGAGUCUCCACGCAUCGAAGGGGAGCAAGAUUUUGACAUAGGACCUACUUCAAGGAUUCCCGACGACGCUCCGCCUCCCGUUAAAUGUCCACGCCAUACCCCUGAACCCGAGCGCUCACCAUCACUUGAGCCUGGUGAGAUUCACGAGCCUCAGGACCCUCAUAUCAUCCAGGGGAAACGCAAGCGCACGCCAAGUGCCAAGCUCCGUGACAUAGCAUCUGGACGAGCUGAGGGUGCACUCACCGAGAUCACAAUUGACCAGAGUGAGGAAUGCGAAGUCCUCGCAUAUUCCGUGGGUUCUGCGGCAUCUGAUGCACUAGGUUUUGAUCCGCGCUCCAUUGCAGAAGCCAAGCAUCGCCCAGAUUGGCCAAAGUGGCAAGAAGCAAUGCACGACGAAAUCCGGCGGCUGGAGUCAAGGAAAGCGUGGGUAUACGCAGAUCCACCGCCGCGUUCAUCAGGCCACAACAUUGUUGGCUCGAAAUGGGUAUUUCGCACGAAGCGAGAUGCCCGCGGCGAGGUCACCGGCUACCGUGCACGCCUGGUUGCUCAAGGUUACACACAAGUCGAGGGCGUCGAUUAUUUCUCGGAUGACACCUAUGCCGCGGUCAGCAAGCUCGCUUCUAUUCGCGUCAUCCUCUCGGUCGCCGCUCGCAAUAGCUGGCACACACAUCAAGUCGAUGUCAAGAGCGCAUACCUCUACGGCAAGCUGCAGGAGGACGAGAAAAUUUAUAUGCGCCCUCCCCCUGACAUCGAACUCGAAGGCUUGACACCUGGUAAAAUCUUGUUGCUCCUGGUCGUGCUCUACGGACUCCACCAGUCGGGACGGCGCUGGUAUGUCCGUCUCCGCAAGAUCCUCGAGGGUUUUAAGCUCAUGCAGCUUGAGCAUGACCAUGCCGUAUUCUAUCAGCACCACCCUGAUGGUGAAAUAUCCAUUAUAUUCCUUCACGUCGACGACAUGACGCUCGUCUGCUCGCUGCUCACUAACCUGCUUCGCCUCAAGGAGAUGAUCAAGUCCGAACUCGAAAUCACGGACAACGGUGAGCUGCACUGGCUCCUCGGCAUUGAAGUCCGGCGCAACCUCGAGAAGCACACGAUCGCGCUCUCGCAGCGCGCAUACAUCGAGUCGAUCGUUGCACGCUAUGGGUUCUCGGAUGCGAAGUCUCUCUCCCAGCCUAUGGAUCCUCACGUCAAGCUCUCCAUCGACCAGUGUCCUGUCUCCACUGCCGAAUAUGCCGCUAUGCGAGACAAGCCUUAUCUCGAGGCAUUGGGAGCACUACAGUAUGUCUCUGUCGCCACUCGUCCUGACAUCACUUUUGCUUACCUCAAAGGGACAGCAGAUGUCUGGCUUGUGCUCGGUGGCUCGGAGGAUAACGAUAUUGUAGGCUACUCCGAUGCUGACGGCAUGAGCACGGAAGGGCGCUGCGCUAUCUCGGGCUACGUGUUUAUGCUCAACGGCGGCGCCGUCUCAUGGUCCUCGAAGCGCCAGGGCCUCGUCACUCUCUCAACGACUGAGGCUGAAUACGUCGCAUUGACGCACGCAAGCAAGGAAGCCAUCUGGCUUCGCUCGUUCAUCAAGGAACUCUUUGGUGAACCUGAACAGUCUCUUCCUCUCCGUUCCGACAAUCAGUCAGCUAUCGCACUUGCAAAGGAUGACCGCUUCCAUGCACGAACAAAGCACAUCGACAUACGAUUUCAUUUUAUUCGCUAUGCCAUUGCUGAAGGCAAGAUCUCGCUGUCGUACUGUCCAAUGGAGGACAUGACAGCGGACAUCCUGACGAAAGCGCUGCCAUCAAUGAAGUGCAAACACUUCGCGUCGUCGAUGGGACUUGCGAAGGUUUGA